AGUCAGUAGCUGUGUAAGCGCCGCGCGCCUCGCACGCUAGGCACAGGCAGCGCACGCGCAUAAACGUGCCGCAGUGAAAGUCUCGCGCGCAAGUUUCGCUACGAUUUCGUUUGCCAACGUCUUCGUCUAGCUAUUCUGUUUGUUUCUUGCGCCAGUUCAGCGGCGAAAGGAGGCUAUAAUUUGACGAAACUUCAGAACAAUAAAAGUACUAAAACAGUAUUUUUAGUGUUCCCGAAGCUUUCUAUUGAUGAAAAUGUUAAUCGAAAAUGGUGGAGCCGUAAUGGUUAUUAUUCAGGUUCCGUAAAGUGUGAAUUGUACAAAAGUGUUAGUGAAAACUGUGACAAUGAGUGGUGGAGAACCUACGUUGACGGAGUCGCCAGUGCCGCUGGCGUUGGCACGUUUGCAUGGAAGACCUGGGAGGGCUCCGCGCGGGUUGCGCACACACAGACCAAGUUUGCCGCUUGCGAGCUUACAGGAGGCCGUUGACGAGACUCCUCGUCGAUUCAGCGAAGAACCCUCCUUUGUAGACUCUGACGACGACGACGACACAUUUACUGAAGCCCUUUCAACUCCACCACGCCCUACGUCCAAUGGACGUCGAGCUUCCGAUGCCACGUUCGCUGAGCGAUAUAGAAAAUUAACAGAUUUUGAUGAGCCACCACCGGAAAUGCCCCGUCGGGCGUCAUUGGCUGUUCCGGUUGGUCCAGAUUUUGGGCCUACCGACAAAGGCAGAAGACGUUCUUGGGCAGCUCGCUUGCAGCUAGAACGUAAGAAAAGACGAAAAUCCGGGGGCAACGAUACCGAUGAGGAAAGCGACACUCCGACUACGUAUGUGCGCCAGAAGCGCCCCUCCUGGUGGAAUGUGUUCGUGCCUGACAAUAUGCUGAAGAACAGGUCGAAAAGCAGAUCGGUGGAUCAUGGGUUUGGAGCACCGUUUGAUCUGGAGGCCUUACGAUCCAAGGUCGAAGGCAGAUUCGACGCCGUACAUAGAGAUGAAGAUGAACACGUCAAGAGAUUACCACCUCCACCGCCCAUCAAAACUAUGACUUACACGGUGCGUGAUCGUGACACGCUGACGUCGUUAGCGGCUCGGUUUGACACGACACCUUCCGAGCUGACCAAGCUAAACAGGCUCGCGACACAGUUCAUAUUCCCUGGGCAGACGUUGCUUGUGCCCGAUAAGAGGAAAGAUGGAGAUAAAGAGUCGGACGGUCCGUCGGAGAGUGGCGACAACACGUCGGAAUCGACGCAAGGCCCUCCCAGUGAACCUGCACAGGAAAAAGAAAUCCUGGACAGUUUGCGGCCAGUGUCGCCAGAGGCGCCAACGAGUAGCAGCGCCCCUCAGCGGUUCCUCAAGAUCAACGUACGCCAUAUCACGGAUGGACAGGGUGUAGUGUCCGGUGUGUUACUGGUGACACCGAACGCGGUGAUGUUCGAUCCCAACGUGUCUGACACAUUGGUGAUGGAACACGGUCCUGAGUCUUACGGUGUAAUAGCGCCCAUGGAGUACGUUGUGAACGCGGCCAUAUUCUAUGACAUCGCGCACAUGCGCACGCACGGACCGGACAAUCAUCACAACGUGCAAAAGGCUGAGCAAGCCGAAAUCUACUACAUGAAUAAAUCAGAACAUUCACCUGGAAAGGAUUCACUUCUAGUCAAAGACGAGACGUUUCCGGAGUUACAGACGGCGGGGGCGGAAGGGGAGGAGGGCACGGGGGACGCGGACGACAGAGGCGGCGCCGCAUUCCCUAAGGCGUUCGAACGUGAAUUAGUCACGCCCACCGCCCUACAGCAACAGACUACUGAAGACAGGCGGAAAUCUUUACUAGACCAUCAUUGGGCGAUCCCCAGUAAAGAUAGGAUGUCAAUUGACCAAGGAAGCGAGGUAUCGUCUAUCGAGCAAACCAAAGAGGACAGUUUCGAAGCGAGCGGCACUCGUUCUAGAGUGGACAGCGCGACAGGCGAUGUACCGGACGUCCCGGACGUGCCCGACGUACCGGACGUGCCGGACGCGCCGGAAGCGGCCGCCGAUAACGCGCAGUAUCUCGUCAAACUGUCUUACCAUGAUUCCGGCAUCGACAUACGCGAUCCACUCCUUAAUGUUACACCUAUUAACGCCAAAAAGGUAUAUAGCGACGCGGAUAUAGUUCUAUCAGCUGAAUGGGUGCCGCCUGUUUGUCUACCACGUGCUGAGCCUCCCCUCUCUGCCCCACCCCUCGGUGAAAACGAAAGGUUGCCAAGAAAGUCGGCAGCCGUCUCUUUCUCCCUCGACGGUAACACGCAGAAGGAAGAUGCGUCUAAACCUGAUAAGAAAAAUAAGAUGCUGAAGCGUCUUUCGUAUCCACUAUCAUGGGUAGAAGGGCUGACAGGUGAAGGUGCGCCCGCGCAAGGAUCACAAUCAGACUCCCUUCCAACGUCGGCCGACAGCCACAAUUCUACCAGCGUAUUCUCCAAAGUAUUCAACAGGCGCAGUUCGCUGGGUGGUUUCGGCAGAUCACAUAUUAAGUCAACGUCGUCGACGGGUUCAACGCAGCCAAGGCUAGACUACCGGAGCAUGGUCUCUGUUGACGAUAUGCCUGAUCUUUUCGCUUCAUUUGACAAAUUAAUACCGAGGCCGGCGCGACCCAGUGAUGACCCACCUUUAUACUUGAGACUGCGCAUGGGCAAGCCCGCCGGCCGCCCUCUGCCGCGAACCACGCCCCUCAUGUCGUAUGGCCGCAAGCGUAUGAAGCCCGAGUAUUGGUUUGGAAUACCCAGGAACAGGGUGGACGAUUUAUUCAAAUUCCUGACUCACUGGGUGCCGGAUCGGUAUGGACCCCUGGGUGACGUCACCGCUCAAGGCUACGAACUCAUAGACAGUGACACAGAGUGGGAUGACGAUGAAGCGAAACCGGGGCAUAAAGGUGAAAGGACGGGGAGUACGGGAGAUGUAUCGGAUAUUACAAGAGAAUCAUGGGAGGUGCUGUCGAUGAGCAAUGAGUUGCGACGUGCUCUGUACUCUUCAGGCGCCUCCAUUGACAUGGAGUUCUCGCCACCCGACCUCAUCGGUACAUCGGAGAUAUUCACCAUGGAACACAGAGAGAAAUUAUGCAGCGUGCUGCCGGCGCGUGCGCAAGGCUACAUGUGGUCGCUAGCGUUUAGCACGAGCCAGCACGGAUUCUCGCUCGCCUCCAUGUACAGGAAAAUGCAGCGCGUCGACAGCCCUGUGCUUCUUGUCAUACAGGACACAGAUAAUAACGUAUUUGGAGCGUUAACAUCGUGCGCGUUACACCCCUCAGAGCACUUCUACGGCACUGGCGAGUCGCUUCUGUUUUCGUUCCAGCGCGUGGAGGACACUCGCAGACCAUCGCAGUCGGAAGACAAAGAUCAUGACAAGGAGAAGGAUAAUAAAGAGAAUACCAAGGAAGAUGUGAUAAAGGACGAGAAAGGAGAUCAACCGGCACCGGUUAAAACCAAAUUCAAAUAUUGGGGGUGGACUGGUGAUAAUAUGUACUUCAUCAGAGGAAGCAACGACAACAUAUCUAUUGGAGCUGGCGACGGCAAGUUCGGUCUGUGGCUCGACGGCGAUCUGUAUCUGGGGCGUACGCAGCGUUGCACCACGUACGGCAACGAGCCGCUCACCACACGCGAGGAUUUCAUAGUCAAGAUCAUGGAAUGCUGGACCUUCAUCUGAACGAGUCUCUACUCUCAAAUCAAAACAAGCUUUAGACAAUCUUAUGAAAUUUGCUACGAAGAUUUGACACUUUUUAC